GUCAAAGCAACAGCAGGGAUAGUUCUACCGCAGACGAACGGCUUGAAGACACAGAGAAGCGCACCCAGCGAAAGGAACCAGGUUCUCUUGAGGAAGCUUUGGAAUAACCGGGGUAAGGCACUACAGCUGCUGUAAGAGGAAGGAGGAGCGAUGCUUGCAACGACAGCAGCCGCCGCCGCGUCGGGCAGCCGGCGGUCUGCUGCUGCUGGAGCCAAAGCGGUAGCGGGGUGGAAGGCAGCCGGAGGAGCAUCCAGGUGCAAGUCGGCCGUGGCUGCCGCGUCAAGCGAGAGCGUCAAGACCUUCAAGAUAUACCGAUGGGACCCCAACGAGAAGGACCAGAAGCCGUACAUGAAGACGUACCCAAUAGACAGAGACGACUGCGGGCCCAUGGUGCUGGACGCACUCAUCAAGAUAAAGAACGAACAGGACCCCACCCUGACGUUCCGGCGAUCAUGCCGCGAAGGAAUAUGUGGCUCGUGCGCCAUGAACAUCAACGGGAAGAACACGCUGGCCUGCCUCUGCGCCAUCGAAGAGGACUCGGCUCCCAUGAAGAUCUACCCGCUGCCGCACAUGUUCGUCCAGAAGGACCUCGUGCCGGACAUGACCAACUUCUACGAGCAGUACAAGAGCAUUGAGCCGUGGCUCAAGACGAAGAAGGACAAGGACCCUGACGUCGAACACCUACAGUCCAUCCAAGAUCGCAAGAAGCUGGACGGCAUGUACGAGUGCAUCCUGUGCGCCUGCUGCAGCACUUCGUGUCCGUCGUACUGGUGGAACGCCGACAAAUACCUCGGCCCCGCAGUCCUCAUGCAGGCGUAUCGCUGGAUCGACGACUCGCGAGAUGACUACACCAAGGAGCGCUUGGAGUCUCUCGAUGAUGCCUUCAAGCUAUUCCGGUGUCACACGAUCAUGAACUGCACAAAGACGUGCCCGAAACACCUCAACCCGGGGAAGGCGAUCGCCAACAUCAAAAAGCGGGUGCACGCCCUCUAGGUCAGGGAGGUUACGGGGAGAAUGACCCUUUUGAGGAAAGGUCUGGAAAGACGUUGGCGGCGGGAGAGAUGGUAUAGUGAAGACGCGUGUCAUCGCACCGUGAUUACGCCCUCGCUCUGGCGGAAGUGCGUAGCCCGAACAUGAGGGCACUCCCGGUACCGCCGCCAAUGACAAACACCAUCUAGGACCUGUUGGUGUUCACAAGCUGAGUUUUUUGCCCGAUGGUUUCGGGCUGGAUGAAAUGAUACGCCUCCGGUAUGUCGAGUGUUUUUUUGGAAAAGGGACGAAGAUAGGACAAAGUUUAACGUUCUUUCGUUUUUUGCAGUCGAGAUAUUCUGCCCGCUGAUAGAUCUGGCUCUAAAGAGCUUGCGGUUGCAGCAACGGAGUUGCAAAGAGGAGGCGAACCGACGAAGGUGGUCUUAAGGCCAUCGAGUGGCAUCGAGGCGCCUGUAGUGGAUCAACGCGCAAGCCUUCUGGGGGGUGCGCAUCCUGGGCGGGGGGUAAAAGAGACUUGUUGCCAGCAGAAGUGAUUGCCUGCACGGGCAUUUUCCGGUCAGCAAUACUCUCGUCGCACCCCCUCACGAUGGGUCGUGAACGAAGGAGACGAGCGUGGAUACGUUAGUCGUCGAUUAGCCGGCCGUUCCAGGCGAGGCAUGUUUUGAGGCGGACAGCAAAGUUUGAACACAGCGGAGGAACAUAUUGGUGGCGGCGGUGGCGACGAAUGUCGCGUGCGUUUUGAGUUGGGCAGGAGGCUAUAUUUACUUUUUGGACAUGAUUCGACGAAGGCUAGGAUAGCAGCGAACCUUGGACUAUUCUAGGCGUCUUUUCCCCGCCGGACAAGGAAUCCAGAGAGGUGAUCAC